AUGCGCGCAUAUGCAGAUCUGAUAAAGGAGGAGGCGCUGAAGCGAGAGGAGAUGGGUGAUGCCACGCCCGAUGCAGCAGUGCGCACAUACACGGAUGUGCUAAAGGAGGAGGCGUUGAAGCGCGAGAAGGAGGAGACGUUGAGGCAGAUCGCCAAGAAGAAGGCGGAGGACGUCGAGAGGAAGGCUGAUGACCUCUCCUCCGCGCCCACCAAGGCCCAGGGCGCUGCUGCCGCCCCUGCUGCUCCCCCUGCUGCCCCCGCUGCUGCUGCCGCUGCUGGUGUGGCUCCGGGUGGUGCUGCUGCUGCGGGUAGCAAGAGGAGGAAUCGGUGGGAUGUGGCGGGAGGCGGAGGUGCUGGUGCUGCGGAGGCUGAGGCCAAGAAGCCCAAGGCAGCGGACUGGGAUGCGCCUGAUGCCACGCCAGGCCCCGCCAGUUUCCUUCGCCAAACCCUGUUCUCCUCGCAUCCAUCUCCCGCCCCUUCGUGCACUCCCUCCCCCGCUCAGUCGCUGAGACGCCCCACUCACCCCGUCCCUUCCCCUGUGCAAUCCUCAUUCCUUCCCCUGGGCGCCACCCGCACGCCCAACUUCUUUAUGGCUCCCUGUCCAAACCUUACCCGCUCGCUUCCCCUGCCCUCUCCUUCUCCCCCUCCCCCCUUCGUUCCCGCCACCAGUCGUUGGGACGCCCCCACCCCCGGCAGAGGCACAGCAGUAGACGCCACUCCCAGGCCUGGCCCCCGCCGCAACCGCUGGGAUGAAACACCCUCCCACGACGGAGUAAUGCCGGACGACGCCACCCCCUCCGCGCUCCCGGGCGGCGGCGGCGCCACCCCAGGGCUGGGCGGCGGCGCCACGCCGGCCGGCAUGGCUUGGGACGCCACGCCGAAGCUCUCGGCCGGCGCCACCCUGACGCCGAAAAAGACGCGGUCCAGAUGGGACGAAACACCGGCCGGCGGAGGCGUUACCCCUGCGGGCGGCGGGGGCGGCGCGACUCCAUCCGCUGCUGUAGGCAUGACUCCUUCCGGGAUGACCCCGGGGGGGGUGACACCUGGGGGAGCUACACCUGGCGGGUUCGGGGUCACACCUGUGGGAGGAAUGGACAUGGCAACACCCACCCCGGGACAGAUUGCUCUCCGUGGUCCACUCACUCCCGAGCAAUUCACCAUGCUGCGAUGGGAGAGGGAGAUCGAGGAGCGCAACAAGCCGCUGUCAGAUGAGGAGCUGGAUGCGAUGUUUCCCCUGGAUGGGUACAAGGUGCUCGACCCCCCUGCCUCGUACGUCCCCAUUCGCACCCCCGCGAGGAAGCUCCUCGCGACGCCCACGCCGAUGGGUGGAGCAAGCGGGGGUGCGACGCAGCUGUAUGCGAUUCCCGAGGAGGAUCGGCAGCAGCUGUUUGACGUGGGGAAAGAGGUGCCGGGGCUGCCGAACCUGAAGCCGGAGGACUACCAGUACUUUGACGCGCUGCUGAACGAGGAGGAGGAGAAGAAGAUGAGCGCGCAGGAGAAAACUGAGCGCAAGAUCAUGAAGCUGCUGCUCAAGGUGAAGAACGGCACGCCUCCCCAGCGCAAGACGGCUCUGAGGCAGCUGACAGACAAGGCGAGGGAGUUUGGCGCGUCCGCCCUGUUCAACCAGAUCCUGCCUCUGCUCAUGUCGCCCACUCUGGAGGACCAGGAGAGGCAUCUGCUCGUCAAGGUCAUCGACCGCAUCCUGUACAAGCUGGACGAGCUGGUGCGCCCCUUCGUGCACAAGAUUCUGGUGGUCAUCGAGCCGCUGCUCAUUGAUGAGGAUUACUAUGCGCGUGUCGAGGGGCAAGAAAUCAUCUCCAACCUCAGCAAGCCACAGGCAGCAGGCCAUGCGGCUCGACAUUGGCAACGUGGACCAGCAGCAGGUCUGGCGACAAUGAUUGCAGCCAUGCGGCCUGACAUCGACAAUGUGGAUGAGUAUGUGCGCAACACCACUGCCCGCGCCUUCUCCGUCGUGGCGUCCGCCCUGGGCAUCCCGGCGCUGCUGCCCUUCCUGCGAGCGGUGUGUGCCAGCAAGAAGUCGUGGCAGGCGAGGCACACAGGCAUCAAGAUCGUGCAGCAGAUCGCCAUUCUCAUGGGCUGUGCCGUGCUGCCGCACCUGCGCUCGCUGGUUGAUAUCAUCGAGCAUGGCCUGGGUGACGACAACCAGAAGGUCCGCACCAUCAUGGCGUUAUCCCUGGCAGCGCUGCCAGAGGCGUCAGCGCCGUACGGCAUCGAGAGCUUUGACUCCGUGCUGAAGCCACUGUGGAAGGGCAUUCGCUCACACCGCGGGAAGGUUCUUGCGGCCUUCCUGAAGGAGAUCGGGUUCGUCAUCCCUCUGAUGGACGCCAUGUAUGCCAGCUACUACACGCGCGAGGUAAUGGUGGUGUUGAUUCGCGAGUUCCAGUCGCCAGACAAGGAGAUGAAGAAGAUAGUGCUCAAGGUGGUGAAGCAGUGUGUGGGCACGGACGGCGUGGAGCCGGACUACAUCCGCGCCGAGAUCCUCCCCCGAGUAUUUCAAGCACUUCUGGUGAUGAUCCUACCCGAGUAUUGCAAGCACUUGUGGGUGCGCCGCAUGGCGCUGGACAGGAGGAAGUACGUGCAGCUGGUGGAGACGACGGUUGAGAUCGCCAAUAAGGCGGGAGUGAGCGACAUCAUAGGGCACGUGGUGGAGGACCUCAAGGACGAGAGCGAGCCGUACCGCCGCAUGGUGAUGGAGACGGUGGAGAAGGUGCUCACCAACCUGGGCGCCGCUGACAUCGACGCGCGCCUGGAGGAGCUGCUGAUUGAUGGCAUCCUCUACGCAUUCCAGGAGCAGACAAGCGACGAUGCCAAUGUGAUGCUCAACGGCUUUGGCACGGUGGUCAAUGCGCUCGGGCAGAGAGUGCGCCCCUACCUCCCCCAGAUCUGUGGAACUAUCUGUGGAACGGUGAAGUGGCGGCUGAACAACAAGAGUGCCAAGGUGCGGCAGCAGGCAGCAGACCUGAUAGCGCGCAUUGCAGUGGUCAUGAAGGCGUGCGGGGAGGAGCAGCUCAUGGGGCACCUGGGCGUUGCGUUGUACGAGUACAUGGGAGAAGGCGUGUGGGGAGGAGCAAGUAGCAUUGCAUGGGGCACCUGGGUGUCGUGCUCUAUGAGUACCUCGGAGAAGGUGAGUAGGUGCAAUGUGGUGUGGUGCAGUACAGUGCACUGGCAUGUCAUGCAUGCAGCAAGGCAGCAGGCAGCGGACCUGAUAGGGCGCAUUGCAGUGGUUAUGAAGGCGUGCGGGGAGGAGCAGCUCAUGGGGCAUCUGGGCGUUGUGUUAGCAGUGGUGAUGAAGGCGUGUGGGGGAGAGCAGCUGAUGGGGGACCUGGGCGUCGUGCUGUAUGAGUACCUCGGAGAAGAGUACCCCGAGGUGCUGGGGUCUAUAUUGGGAGCACUCAAGGCCAUAGUGAACGUGAUCGACAUGACCAAGAUGACUCCUCCCAUCAAGGAUCUUCUGCCUCGCCUCACGCCCAUCCUCAAGAACAGGCACGAAAAGGUGCAGGAGAAUUGCAUCAACCUGGAGGGGCGCAUUGGGGAUAGACCGUCUGAACCCUUCUCCCUUGAUUCUGUGCAGGAGAAUUGCAUCGACCUUAUGGGGCGUAUUGCGGACAGGGGAGCCGAGUUUGUGCCGGCGAGGGAGUGGAUGUGCAUAUGCUUCGAGCUGCUGGACAUGCUCAAGGUGUGUGCUGGGGCAAGGGGAAGGGGCGUGCUAGGCAGGAGAAUCGGUGAGAAUGGCUGUGGGACAGUGAGGGAGUGGAUGCGCAUAUGCUUGGAGCUGUUGGACAUGCUCAAGGUGUGUGCUAGGGCAAGGGGAAGGGGCGUGCUAGGCAGGAGAAUCGGUGAGAAUGGCUGUGGGACAGUGAGGGAGUGGAUGUGCAUAUGCUUCGAGCUGCUGGACAUGCUCAAGGUGUGUGCUAGGGCAAGGGGAAGGGGCGUGCUAGGCAAGAGAAUCGGUGAGAAUGGCUGUGGGACAGUGAGGGAGUGGAUAUAUGCUUCGAGCUGCUGGACAUGCUCAAGGUGA